AUGGGCAAGAACAAGAAGAAGAAUAAGGGCAAUGCUGGCCCUAACAGCAGCAGCAACAGCAACAACAACAACAACAACCAGGCACUUGGUGGCUCUGGUGCCCGCGCUGGUCUCGGUCAAGACGGUGGCCUUGACCAGCACCUGGGAGGACUCAGUUUUGUCCUUCCAGGUGGGACGACUCUGAACAUUGAUAGUGGUGCGAAUGUUGGCGCCAUUUUACUUGGCAACGCCGGUGUGCCCAACCGUGUUCAGAAGCCCGCGGGAGGCAGAUCGAAGGCUAAGGCCCGUCGUGAUCGGCAGAAGAGAACCGAACAACGCCAUGCCGAAGCUGCCCGCUUGGCGCUCCCAGCGCCAAGUGCUCCAUCCGCCAGUGCCUCGGUGCCAUCAACCACCGUCCCCGCGCCCGUCCGCGCGCCCGUCCCCGCGCUCGUCGCGCUCGUUUCUGUGGCUGAGGUUGUGCCGGUUCCCGCCUCCGCGGUCGUUCGUCGUGCGCCGUCCCCGCCUGGCCCCGCUGCGUUGGUGCCGCCCCCCUCCGACCCCUAA